UAGAUUUUCUUUUCUAGAAAGUCCAAAGCAUGGGUCGUGGAGUUAGCAGUGGGGGGGCCCAAAGUUCAUUGGGCUAUCUGUUUGGGAGUGGAGAAGCUCCAAAGCCUUCCACAAAUGGUGCUCAACCUGCUCCAGAUGAUGUCCAGGCAGUGAAUAAUGUGCCUCCCUCCAAACCUGCCGUUGCCCCUCAACCAAUAGAUGCCAACAAGCAGAUUCCUGCUGGUAUUAAUAGUUCUUCUGCAAACAACUAUAUGCGGGCAGAUGGCCAAAAUGCUGGAAACUUCAUCACGGAUCGACCUUCAGCCAAAGUCCAUGGUGCCCCUGGUGGUGGAUCUUCUCUGGGAUACCUCUUUGGUGGUGGUAGUAAGUGA